AUGGCAGCUCCCAUCACGAGUGCCGAAAUAGGAGGCGCGGCGCUUCUGAAGCCUGGAGAGCGGGACUACGAACGCGCUGUCGCAACCGAGAACCUCCUUUACCGCUUCUCCCGACCCUUGUGUGUUGUUCAACCCAGAAAUGUUAAGCAGGUUCAAGCCAUUAUCAACGAGGCGCGAGUUAAGAAGCUCCGUGUUACUAUCAAGAACGGCGGCCACUCGUACGCCGGCUCGUCCACCGCAGAUGGUGGUAUCCUGUUGGACCUCCUCAGGAUGAACAAGGUGAAACUCGACAUGGCGCCCGGGUCGCGAACUCCGGAAUUCGUCACGCUGGAGGGAGGGGCGAAAUGGGGCCACGCCUACAAGGAGCUUGUCAACGGUCGCCACGAUGGGUACGUCAUAAAUGGAGGGCGGUGCCCGACAGUCGGAGUUAGUGGCUUCAUCUUGGGCGGCGGCCUGAGUCCCUUCACGAGAAGUUUUGGCAUGGGGUGUGAUACGCUGGUUGAGGCUACCAUCGUCACGGCGAACGGGAAGGUGAUCACUGUCAAAGAAAGUGACAAGAACAACUCGAACGAGAGGAAGCUCUUCUGGGCGCUCUGCGGCGCGGGCGGAGGCAACUUUGGUGUUGUGGUGUCACUCAAGAUGAAAGUGCAGCGUCUGGCAGGGAAGCAGGUAGUGGCGGGAAGGUUCACUUGGCUCCCAAAGCCGGAUGCAGAUGCCAUGGAGAAGUUCAUGGACACCAUGAGAAGCUUCUAUACAGCCAAGUGGCCCAACAGCACCACUGUCGACAGCACCUGGAUCUGCGAUCUCGACCAGACCGGAAGCGAGGUUGGCAUUCGGUUCCUGAUCUACCACGACGGCGAGAAGACCGACUUGGACAAGACCAUCGACAAGUACAUCAAGGAUAAAGAGCUGGCAAAAUUGAUGAAGCGCCGCACCAUGGCCGAGAAAUCGUCGCGGUUCCUCCACGAGACGCUUGUUGAGCAAUGGUCCGAAGAGAUCGCUAUGGCUCUGCCCUCGGCCGACAGAUUCUACCGCAUCUACACCUCCUUCGUUUUUGGCAACAAUCGCAGUACGAUCAACGACGCCACUAAGCGCAUCAGGAAGAGCAUGGGCGAUUUUAGGAAGCAGUUUGUCGGCGAGAAGGGGCUGCUGCAGUGGAAGGACAAGUGGCUUGGGGAAGAUAUGAAGCGCUUCCUUAAGGAGAUGGAAAAGGAUCUCCGGCCGCUCUCGAUCGACGGACGCGCAGCCUUCAUCAACUUCCCCGACAGAGAGCUGCGGCGGGAUGCGCACGAGGCGGCAUACUACGGGGACAACCGCGAGGAGCUGCGGCGCGUCAAGCAGACGUGGGACCGGGACAACUUCUUUUCAUGGCGGCAAGGCGUUCGAUUGCCCACCAAGAAGAGGGGCGCCGCUGGCACGGGGAGAGCGCGCAACAUGCCCAUGGCGGCGAUGCCGCCGGGAAUGGAGGUGAUGGAUGCUAUGGCUCCUGCACCGGGGACUGAGGGCGUCUACGUGGAAACUGAUGAGUCGGAGGACGAGGAACUGGCGACGGUAGAUGCAGCCGAGGCGGAGGAACGCGAGUGGGACAGGUUUGGGGUGCCCCUGAAGAAUGAUUUUGAGGGUGGUAUUCAUUCGCUGGCUGACUUGGGCUUCUGAGCGUACGUGUCCCUGGUAUGUUUGGACGGAGGCUUGAGACGGUGGGCGAAAUGAUUCUUGGGAUGGGAAUGGAAGGCCUCGUGUGAAUCUUUAGUUAACAGUCGCUCGCCAAGGUACGAUACACCCUGUACCUGAUCUCAGAUAGCCAGGUGUUCAACAAGUCCUAGCUACAAUGUUCAAGCUAUUUA